CGCCGCCGGGAGAGGGCGGUGCGGGAUCCUGCGCGUCGGGAGAGCCUGCGCUGGCGUCGGCUUCCAGGCGGGUGUAGCCCGGGCAGGAGGCAGGAAUGGUUCCCGAGGAGAAGCCGGAUGGUCCGGGCACCGGCGAGGAGAGCGCCCGGCUGCAGGCGGCCGGCAGCGUCCGCAAGAGCUGCGACCUCCUGGCAGAUUCGCAGGACAGCCACCUGCAGAGCCGCAGGACCCGGAUCCACCAGCAGAUCAACAAGGAGCUGAGGAUGCGGACUGGCGCCGAGAACCUGUACAGAGCCACCAGCAAUGCACAGGUCAGGGAGACGGUGGCCCUGGAGCUGAGCUACGUCAACUCCAGCCUGCAGCUGCUAAAGGAGGAGCUGGAGGGACUGGAUGGCAGCAUGGAUGCUGACCAACCCGAGAGUGAAGGCGUCACCGUCCCCAUGAUCCCCCUGGGGCUGAAGGAGACCAAGCAGCUGGACUGGGCCACACCCCUGAAGGAGCUGAUCUCGGGGCACUUCGGAGAGGAUGGGACUUCCUACGAGGCUGAAAUCAGGGAGCUGGAGGAGCUGCGGCAGGCCGUGCGGACCCCCAGCCGGAGCGAGGCAGGCCUGGAGCUGCUCAUGGCCUACUACAACCAGCUCUGCUUCCUGGAGGCGCGCUUCGUCACCCCUGCCAGGAGCCUGGGGCUGCUUUUCCACUGGUAUGACUCGCUGACGGGUGUUCCAGCCCAGCAGCAGGCCCUGGCCUUCGAGAAGGGCAGCGUGCUCUUCAACAUCGGCGCUCUCCACACCCAGCUUGGGGCUCGCCAGGACCGCUCCUGCCCCAGGGGCACCGGCCGUGCUGUCAAGGCCUUUCAGAGGGCCGCUGGGGCCUUCGGCCUCCUGAGGGAGAACUUCUCCCACGCGCCCAGCCCCGACAUGAGCCCCACUUCGCUCUCCAUGCUGGAGCAGCUCAUGACUGCCCAGGCCCAGGAGUGUGUCUUCGAGGGCCUCUCCUUGCAGGCCCCCACGGACCCCUAUGACUGCCUGGCCCAGCUGCACCUGGCCCAGGAAGCCGCCCAGGUGGCGGCCGAGUACCGGCUGGUGCACCAGACCAUGGCCCAGCCGCCCGUCCAAGACUACGUGCCCUUCCCCUGGACCACCCUGGUGCACGUGAAGGCUGAGUACUUCCGCGCCCUGGCGCACUACCACGCAGCCCUGGCCCUGUGUGACGGCCCCUUGGUAGCCGAGGCGGAGCUCCCAGCCGUUGAGCAGGUCUUUCUCGGGCUCUCAGCCUCCUCAGCACCCAGGGGCCCGGCGCUGCCCCAGGAGCGGGAGGAGAGCAGGAAGCUGGGCAAGGCCCACCUGAAGCGGGCCAUCCUGGGUCAGGAGGAGGCACUGCGGCUGCAUGCUGUGUGCCGGGCCCUGCGCAGGGUGGACCUGCUGCAGGCCGUGCUGGCCCAGGCGCUGCGGCGCUCACUGGCCAAGUACUCGGAGCUCGACCUCGAGGAUGACUUUUUCGAGACCACUGAGGCCCCUGACAUCCAGCCUAAAACACAUCAGAGGCCGAAGGCCAGGGCACCCAGCUUCUCUCGGGUGAAGGUGGCUGACAUCUUCCACCGGCUGGGGCCCCUGUCCGUGUUCUCAGCCAAGAACCGCUGGCGGCUGGUGGGGCCCAUCCACGUGGCCCGCGGAGAAGGGGGCUUUGGCUUCACGUUGCGGGGAGACUCGCCCGUCCUCAUUGCUGCGGUCGUGCCGGGGGGCCAGGCUGCGGCCGCCGGCCUGAAGGAGGGGGACUACAUCGUGUCUGUGAAUGGGCAGCCGUGCCGGUGGUGGAAGCACGCGGAGGUGGUGGCCCAUCUGAAGGGCAUGGGUGAUGAGGGCGUUAGCCUGCAGGUGGUGACACUGCUGCCCAGUGUGGAGCCGCCCGGCCUGGGGGCCCGCCGGCCAGGCCUAGGGGCGCUUCUCAGGAGCCAGAAGGAGUGUGGCCGGGAGACACCGGGGCCUGCCCGAGCCAGCCCCAGGCCCCUCCUUGGCUGGAGCCGCAAGGCCAAGAGGGGCAAGACUGGAAGGAGGCUGUCCCCAGCCCCACAGCCCUGAGCUGCUCGCUGCUCUCGCCCUCUGGGUUGCUCAGGGUGAUGGUGAGGGGCUGGCUCCCCCCACACCUGGGCACAGGCUUCAGCUGGCUGGGAAUGAGGACCCCACUCAUGCCUUCCCCACCCUAGAGAACCUUCAAGCCGGUUGGCUGCACCCCGCCCAGUGCCCAGAGCUGCCCAUUAAAGACAGUGUCGGAUGAGCUGUGGGAGCCCAGUGCUGGCGGCCAGGCACUGCACUUGCAUGCGGCAAGUGUCACAGUCGCUCUGGACCCUCAGUCCCAGGUGCCAGAGGCUGCCUCUGGGCUCCCCUGUCCUCAUGCAUCCCCAGUGCCCACUCGAGGAAGGCAGCUUCCCAGAUAGGGGUGUCCAGCCACUCCCCUUAGGCCCUGAGGGAACCGUCCCCGGAGAGCCGGGUGGGCUGGCGAUGUGCUGGCAGCAGGCCCCUGCAGCCCAGGUGCCCACUCCCCUGUGCUGGGCUCCCAUCCCCGUGCCCUCCAGCAUGUCCCUGUCCACACCCGCCCUCAGGGCUAGGUCAACCCCAAGCCAAGUUUCUGCCUGUCCCGUAGUGAGCCUUGCUGGGCACCCCUCCCACCAGCCCACCCAGCUCCCUACACACUGGAGAAGGCUCAGCUCCCUUCCUGCCCGGCCCCUGCCUCCACACAGCAGCCUGGGGUGCCCACAGCACCACCAAGGCCAGCCGCUGUGACACCCUUUACUGUCCCUCUGUGCACAGAACAGGGACCCCUUCCUGCUUCUGUACUUCCAGUCACUUCAUUCUCACAGGCCCCUCCCUUUCUGCAACCAGGGCAGAUCCCAGACCCAAACCUGCAGUGGAGUCAUUGUCCCUGCUGCCUGCCCCAUCCCGACUUCCCACCCUGCCAAGCUGGCCCCCACCUCACCCUGUCUCCCCCAGGCCCCGCCCCACCCAUCCUCGCCCUGCAGUGGGGCUGGGGCACCCAAGGCCACUGCUCCAGCCCACAGGCAGGUAUCUGUGGAGCCGUCUUAUCCCCCUGCGCCGGGUGCCUCCAACGUGCUCUGGCCCCUUCGGACCCCAUCCCUGCCGCUGUGGCACCAAACUGGGCUCCUUGGACCGUGAGCCCUCAGUGUCCCCAAGCCGCACCUCCUGGAGACAGCCCCUUAGGUGCCACGGAGGGGACACUGUCCUGGUCCCGCGGAGAUAUGGCUCAGGACUUGGCCUCAGAGGGAGGAGUGAGAGGUGGGAGGGGUGCUGCCCGCGGCCCUAGGCAGGUUGGGGUGGGGGGGUCCUCGUGGCCACCAGGGGGCAGCCGCUGCCUGCUCAAGCGGCCGCAGGAGGGGCGGGGUCUUUGGGCAGCAGCAGGUUUUGUGAAGGGCAGGCCACGGUACCCAGGAGAGCAAGGAAGACCUCUGUAGGCCAAGCCCCACCCCCUCUCUCCAGGUGCCGUCCCUGACCCUCCGUGGGGUCCCCAGGCAAGAGCAGUUCUGGGAGCCCAGCCCCUGUGACCUACUGCCUUCGUCCUGACUUCAGCGCUCCUGGGGAGGGGGGACCUGUGGGGGUGCUAAUGGGGGCUGCUGAGAGAGAGCAGCCUCCCAAAUGGAAGGGCAGGGCUCCCCCACCUGCCUGCGCCUGGGGACAGGGCGUCCAGGUGUGUCCUUCCCAGACCCACCUGCUCCGAGAAUGCCCCUCUCAGCAGAACCGGCCAAGGUCACCUCAGCACUUAUUAAUUUGAUUAAUAAAACUGUGCG